AUGUCCCCUGUCUGUCUUUAUCUCUCAGAGGAGGAAGGGAAGAAGAAGAUAAUUCGUCUGCCAGUCCAGAGGAGUGUUGAGACGGGAUUGGCCAUCGAGUUCAAGAGCAGAUUGACACGGCAGAUCAGCCGAGAGUCUUCCGACCCUGACGCCGAGGCCAAGCCGGGAAAUCUUAUCUUCCCCGGUGUCCGUAUCACAUCUGACAUCCACUUCACUGAGUUCCUGGAAGGGUUGGGCCCCGCACAGCUAGCCGGUAGACAGACACUUGCCACGCCACCAAUGGGUGACAUCCAGAUAGGGAUGGUGUACAGGAAAGAACGUCUGGACGUGGAGGUUAUCAGGGCCAGAGGACUUGUAGGUAAACAAGGCAACAAGCAGCUGCCAGCCCCCUAUGUGAAAGUCUAUCUGAUGGACAACGGGAAAUGCAUAGUCAAAAAGAAAACCAGACUGGCUAAAAAAACAUUGGAUCCCCUCUACCAGCAGCAACUUCAGUUUGAGGAGAGUCCAGAGGGGAAGGUUUUACAGAUAAUCGUGUGGGGGGACUAUGGACGCAUGGACCACAAAUCCUUUAUGGGAGCUGCUCAGAUACUUUUAGAUGAUUUAGACUUAUCCAACAUGGUGAUUGGUUGGUUCAAACUGUUCCCCCCCACCUCAUUGGUGGAUCCAACUUUGGCACCUUUAACUAGCAAAGCAGCAGUAGCAGAACAAGCUGCAAAUGCAGCAAAAUUAAGGGAGAGCUAG